AUGACUGUUGGUUUGUACUUUUUAUUUCUAACCUUAUUUAGAAAAACUGUAAUAAACAUAAAAAGCCCUAUACUCCUAAGAUCAGGGAUACAUUCCCCAGAUAUCGGAAAUCCUUAUAAUAAAACCUUAAAAAUCAAUGACUCCAAAGAAAGCAGAAAAAGAAUUUCAAAACAUCUCCGAACAAACUUGCUAAAAUUCCACAAAAAAAUCGCUUAUCCCCUCACCCCCUACCAACCCCUCUGCUUUAAAACCCCCAAAACUUCAAGGUAUUUCCCACCUCUCUAAUUCCACUCAAAAUUACACUUUUCCAAAAAUUCGAAAACCCACAAAACCCCAAAAUCUCUUCUAAGCAAACUCACUCCCUCCACAGUUGAAAUCAUCAAAAUCCCGCUUCCUCAGAGGAGGUUGCCAACCUGACUUCAAACCUGAGCUUGACCAGAAAGUCCCUUCAACACGUUGACCAGCUGUUUGGCCUGCGGCCAAACAGCAAGCAUCGGUAUAGAAGGAUAAGGUGUCUUUCUGCAAACCAGGAUGCUAAGUUAGCCCGCAAGCGUUACGGAGGAAGAAGAGACCGAUCAGCAACAUGAUUUAGCAAGCCUAAAGAGAGGGAAAUAAAGGAAGAAAGGGAGAUUCAACAAGAUCUUGGAAAUUCUAGGUUGUAAGCAAGAUUUUGUCCUGGCUUGGAUUAAAUACAGUUUUUGAUGAUUUUUUGGGCUAUAAUGAGCCCAAUUAAUCAACCAAAAUCUAUCUAAACAUAAUCACAAAUUAUCUAAAUCUGAGACUCUUAUCUUCUUAGCCAGACAACACAAGUCUAUAAAAUCCCAACUCCUAAACAACAAGAUAACCUUUUAGA